AUGAGUACCGGUAGAAACGCAAGAACGGAAAACGAUAGAGCGGAAGAAAAUCCUGCUAUCGAUGCUGCUAGAGCUCCGCCAUCGAAUUUCGUCAUUGACCCUUUCAACAAAAAGAAAUUGAAAUGGACACGGUGGGUGAAGAGACUGGAAAAUGUUUUUUCCAUUUACGGAGUUGCCGACGAAAUAAUGAGGAAAAGCUUGCUGCUACACUAUAUGAGUGCUGAAACUUACGACAUCGUUUGCGACAAGAUUGCUCCUGUUACACCUCGAGAAAAGAGUUACGCCGAGAUCGUCGAUGUACUCGAGGGGUUUUUUAAUCCACAGCCGCUGGAAAUAAGUGAAAAUUUUCGGUUUAAAUGUCACCAGAAAGGUGAUGAAAAUGCUGCUUCUCCCAAUGAGACAGUGGAUGAGUACUUAGUGGCAUUGCGACGCAUUGCCGUUACUUGUAACUUUGGUGCAUACCUUGAGAGAGCUUUGCGGAAUCAACUGGUCUUUGGUAUCAAACGGAAUGAUAUACGCAGUCGGUUGCUGGAGAAAAGCCAGCUGACCCUUCAGAAUGCCCGGGAUAUAGCUCGGCCGGGUUUGGUUGAUCGUUUGCGUGAACGAAAUAACAUUCGAUUCGAAGUGGAUACGGGAUCGCCCGUCACGAUCGUUAGUACGAAUUAUCGGGAUAAAUACUUUCCGAAUGCGCAGCUACGUAGCUGCAAUACGAAUCUCGUGAGCUACUGUGGUACUAGUAUCGAUGUGCUAGGAAUACUUGACGCAAGUGUGAAAUACGGAAAAGAAAGUGUUACGUUACCGUUGUAUGUAGUGCAUUCUGGCACAAAUCCACUUCUCGGGCGCGAGUGGCUAAAUGCGUUACCGGUCAAUUGGAACAAUGUGUUUAAAAAUCCGGGUGCGGUAAAUGAGAUUACUAAUGCUACUCCCACUCAUAAGGUGGCUUUAGAGGGUCUUUUGGCAAAGUUCCCAAAAGUGUUUGAUGAAUCUAUUGGUAAAAUUUGCAACGUUCAGGCGAGGCUUACGUUGAAAAAUAAUGCCAGACCGGUGUUACUGAAGGCUAGGAAGAUCCCUUUUAACUUGCAGAAGACAGUGGAAGAGGAAUUGGACAAGCUGGAGGCAGAAGGUGUCCUAACGAAAGUGAACCAAAGCAACUGGGCAACUCCAAUAGUUCCGGUCAAAAAGUCCCAAGGACGCGUGCGGAUUUGUGCUAAUCGUAGACAGACAUCCACUUACUACGGUGGAUGA